AUGAUCUUCCCAUUCUUACCCUUCUUCCUCUUCUUCGAUCUUCUUGUGUUUUUAUUUAAUUUCUCUUCGUCGUUUUUCUACUUCUUCUUUCUCCUCUUCUUCUUCCUUUUCUUCUUCUUCUUCUUCUUCCUUCUCUUCUUCUUUCUCUUCCUCUUCUUCUUCUUCCUUCUCUUCUUCUUCUUCUUCUUCUUCUUCUUCUUCUUCCUUCUCUUCUUCUUUCUCUUCCUCUUCUUCUUCCUUUUCUCCUUCUUCUUCUUCUUCUUCUUUCUCUUCCUCUUCUUCUUCUUCCUUCUCUUCUUCUUCUUCUUCUUCUUCUUCUUCUUCUUCUUCUUUCUCUUAAACUCUUUCUCUUCUUUCCUAUUUUCUUUCUCAUUAUCUUCUUUUUCUCCUUUUAUUCUCUUUCUCUUUCUUUUCGUAUUAUUUUAUUCUUUCUCUUCUAAAUUUGUCUUCGUCUUUUUCUUCUCAUUCUCCUUACACGCUUCUUUCACUUCUUAUCCUCUUGCUUCUCUCUUUCUCUACAUCUUUCACUUCUUCUUCUUCUUCUUCUUCUUCUUCUUCUUCGUCCUUCUCUUCUUUUUCUUCCCCUUCUUCUUUCUCUACCUCUUCUUAUUCUUCCUUCUCUUCUUCUUUCUAUUGUUCUUUCUCUUCUUCUUUAUUUUCCUACCCUUUUCUUUUUUUCUCUUCCUAUUCUCAUCUUCUUCCUCUCUCUACCACUUCGUAUCCUUCUUUUUCUUCUUCUUCCUCUUCUUCUUUCUCUUCCUAUUCUUAUUCUUCCUUCUCUUCUUCUUUCUCCUCUACUUUCCCUUCUUUCUUUUCCUACCCUCUUCUUCUUUCUCUUCCUAUUCUCAUCUUCUUUAUCUUCUUCCUCUUCUUCUUUCUCUACCACUUCGUAUCCUUCUUUCUCUUCUUCUUCCUCUUCUUCUUUCUCUUCCUACCCCCUUCUUCUUUUCUCUUCCUAUUCUCAUCUUCUUCCUCUCUCUACCACUUCAUAUUGUUCUUUCUCUUCUUCUUCCUUUUCUUCUUUCUCUUCCUAUUCUUCCUUCUCUUCUUCUUUCUCCUCUUUUUUCGCUUCUUUAUUUUCCUACCCUCUUCUUCUUUUCUCUUUUUAUUCUCAUCUUCUUCCUCUCUCUAACACUUCGUAUCCUUCUUUCUCUUCUUCUUCCUCUUCUUCUUUCUCUUCCUAUCAUCUUCUUCUUUCUCUUCCUACCCCCUUCUUCUUUCUCUUCUUCUUCCUCUUCCUAUUCUCAUCUUCUUUCUCUUUUUCUUUCUCUAUAUCUUCUUAUUCUUCCUUCUCUUCUUUUUUUCUCUUCCUAUUCUCAUCUUUUUAUCAUCGUCUUUCUCUUCUUUUUUCUCUAUCACUUCUUAUUCUUCCUUCUCUUCUUCUUUCUCCUCAUCUUUCGCUUCUUCUUUCUCUUCUUCUUUCUCUUCCUAUUCUCAUCUUCUUUCUCUACCACUUCUUCUAAUUCUUUCUUUUCUUUCUCUUCUUCUUUCUCGCCUAUUUCUUUUCCUUCUUAUUUUUUUUAA